AUGGACUUAUUUAUGGGCGUGCGGGAUACAGACCGCUUUAUAGAUAAGACAACUGAAGAUCUGACCCUUCUGAUGCUCGCAGCCAGGGAUGAGAACCUGGAAAGCUGCCUCUACCUCUUGAAAAGCGGAGAAAGUGCUGAGGCGAGGACACAAUUCGGCGUGACGCCACUUCACUUCGCGGCCUUGAACAUAGAAAACGGAAUUGAAAUCGCGUGGCACCUCGCAAACCAAGAGAAACUAGACGUGAAGGAAAAGGACGAGGACGGCGAGGAAGCUAUUUUCUACGCGGUCAGGAAGGGAAACUUCAGGAUGGCGCGGACCCUGCUAGAGCUAUCAGACGUCGCUAAGAUAAUUCACGCGUGGAACUCGAAUUUAAUUAAAGAGGUCGAUUCCGAUAGGAGAAAUGCCCUCCACCUGGCAGCCCAGUACGCCAACCUGAGUGUCUGCAGGUGGAUCAUCGCCGAGGGCAUCGACGUGGCUUCGGUUUUCGUCUCAAAAAACCUAAAGUUGAACGAAAAAUCAGAAGGUGGAUUUUUGCCUUUGGACGCAGCUCUUGCACAGGAAAAUAUUGACAUUGCUCGCGAGUUGCUCAGACUCGGCGCCACUUUGAACAUAAAAGACCACAAUUUGUUGCAUUAUUGCGUAUUUCUCAACAAGCUUAAAAGCGCCAGGUUCAUUCAUGAAUUAGAUAAAAAGCUGAUCAGAGUCAAAGACGCGAGCGAGCGAGAUGCACUUCACUUAGCGGCGGAGGUUGCUGAUUUAGAAAUGUGCCGGUGGCUCGUGGAAAUCGGCGUCCCAGUGGAUUCUUUGAAUGGAAAAAGUCAAACCUCAAUUUUGCAUCGCGUCGGAUACAAUUCGAAGCACGGAACUCAACUAGUUCAAUAUUUUUCCGAUUUGGGGCUUGACAUCGACAAGAGGGACCACUUGGAAUUCACGCCUUUAAAUUACGCUUUGGGAGACAAAAAUUUUGACGUGGCAGAGGAAAUGCUGAAACUUGGAGCCAAUUUCUACGCGAAGAACGAUGGCAUGAACACUUUCCACACCUGCAUACUGGAGAACAAUUUAGAAGGCGUCCUAUUCGUGCUCUCAAAGGAGCCAGCAGGAAUUAUUAUAAAUUCUCUCGAGACAAAUGCCCUUCACAUCGCUGCGAAUCACGCCGAUUUGAAAAUGUGCGAGUGGCUGUGCGGAAAGAAUUUCGACGUGCUGGCCCAGAGUAAGGGGUGCAAAAAUACGGUUCUCCACUUUGCCGCAAUGAACAAAGAAUUUGGAAAAUCGCUCGUCCCUUUUUUCGUUUCCAAGGGGGUGGAUGUGAAUAAGAAAAACAUUACCUCACACUCACCCUUUUACUUUGCUCUUAAAAUGGAAAACAUUGCCGUGGCUGAGGAAUUGUUGAAGGCCGGUGCAGAUAUGGAUAUCAAACCUUAUCUCAGGGACAAUGUUCUGCAAUACUGCGCUCGUAAUAAUAAAAUGUUGAGUGCCAAAUUCGUGGUUGGAUUAAAUGAAGGUCUGGUCAGGGAGCCGGCCUUCGGAGGAAUCACUGCCCUUCACAUGGCGGCGCAAACGGCGGAUUUGGAGUUUUGCAAAUUUUUGGUCGAAAAAGGAGCCGAUGUUCGUGCCAAAGACUUUCUGAACCGUUCGGUUUUGGUUUAUGUUCCGGAAAAGAACAAAGAAAAGAGGAAAUACUUCCUGUCCUUGGGAGUUAGAAAUUAA